AUGCCGACUGCCAGCUCCCAAGGGCUCGAUUCAAGCCCAUACCGCCGCAGUAAGCUUCCGCUCUCUCUCAUUCGGCACGGCGGUGGCCUCGUCGCCUGCGGUAUGCUCUUCGGCUUUCUCGUUCCUCUGGUGCCAUAUCCACGCCUUGGCCUCACAGCACACAUUCAGUUCGGCGUUCAGGGCUGCAUGGUUCUAGUCACUGGCCUAGUUCUCCAAUCGGAUCUCUUGGGAAGCUCCAGCAGCUCAGGCGAAAAGGCUUCUCGGCAGAGGCCUCAGUUGGCUGACAGCCUUAGCCGGUGGCAGGAACAUGCGAUAUACUGGGGCUGCACAACCAUCUGGGCAACGAUGAUGACCGAGGUGGGAAAUGCCUGGUGGGGGACAAAGUGGACGUUGCCAAUAGCACACCAGGCAGCAGGUUUGCUUGGCCGUGAUGUUGCUGCAAGAUGGAUGGAAAUGAUCGUUGCGGCCACGCACUUUCCACUAGCUAUUCUGCUGGCCUCAGUGUGGCCUAUCAUUCUGUCGAAGCUUUGGUGA